CCUUAAACUGCCCCAUUAACGUUCUUUAACCUUUAAAUCACUCAUCUUAGUCGUACAGCUCAUCGUAUGCCAAGUUUUUGAUGGCUUGUAUCAACACUUGUCUCGAUUAUCACUCUUUUAUGCUCUAGAUGUUACCAUGAGCUGGUUGAAUAGCGCCUCCAAUUCGCGAAUAUGGAUGACCGCACUCGGCAUUCCAGGCGACGACCCAUAUCGCUCCAAGAACACGGCUGCAGAAAUGCGAAAUUCCCAUGUCCCAAGAUUAUUCCGAGAAUCGACCAAAGCCGGACAUGUUGGUAAGGGUGGUGUAUUUGACGUCUCAUUAUAUGAACAUAAUAACACUUUAUAUGCUGUCAAGAAAGCGAGGAAAGACUAUCCUGGUGGGGGAAAGAUUGCUUUCCAAGAGAUUCAAGUCGUCAGCAAACCGCUUCUACGCCAUCACGCCAACAUCAUUGAUAUUCGCGGCUGGGAUUGGAGCGAGGAUCAAUUACCCGUUCUUUUCACUUAUUACGCCGAGCAAGGAACUUUGAGAGACUUUCUUCAUCGCAAUCAGAACCUCUCGAACACGGUGAAACGACACUUCGCUAUCGACAUUGCUUCAGGACUUCAUGCGCUUCACGCCGCCGACAUUGCUCAUGGGGAUAUAAAACUCAUCAACACACUCGUUUUCCCAGAUUCAAGAAUACCCGGAGCUUGGGUAGCGAAAGUCGCAGACUUUAGUCACUCUGUUUUCGGGCUCUCGCUCCGUCGGCAGACGACAUAUCCUGGAACGGUUCUCUACAACGCGCCAGAAGUCCGUGAUCGACAUGCACACGUGGCAUCACAUGAGUUGAUCCGCUGUGAAUCGUUCUCAUACGGACUGUUGUUCUGGGAGAUUUUAGCUGACGGCGAAGAGUAUAUCAACCCAGCCUGGAUUGGUGGAGAGCCCGAGACUGAGGGAACGUCACGACGAGAGCGAUUCCUACAACGACAGCCAAAGAAUGGACUUCUCAACCUCGCUUUGUCCUUUCUGUGUUCAAAGUUUGGUCGUUCCUUGAGUGUAGAUGUGAAUUUGUUCUACAAUGUCUUCGAAAUGACGCUUAAAGAUAAUCCAGCCUAUCGAAAAGAUCUUGCGACAAUCGCAACAACGUUAGACUACAGUGACAGGGCCAACAUUGUGCAGAGCUCAGCUGACUCAUCUUUGGAGAGGAUUAAUGUCUGGGACUUCGACCCAUGGCAGAAGGAGCCUUGGUUAUCUAAAAGCCAGUUUGUCGGCGAACUCCAGGACAACUUAUCCAAUCCUCGACAACCAAACCACGCUGAGUUCCACUUUCUCAUGGCCCGCUGCUAUACCGAGGGCUAUGGAGUUCCCCGAAGUAUCCCGUCAGCCGUUCGUCACCUAGUCGAAGCCUCCAGGUUGGGGUCUAUCGAUGCGCUUUGGAUACUCGAGACCUAUCGUGGCCAUCUUCCCGGUCUAGACGACUCCAAGCCUGAGCGCGAGAAUUCCGGUCACACAAGCCGAGGCUCAGUUCAUGCGGUUAUUCGAAGGAUCAGAUCAUUCCAGGACCUAAGAGCACGAAACAAUGAGCCAGAAAAAGCCAAUUACGAUACAAACUUCGGGUUCCCUGUCUAUCUACAUUAUUGGAACGGUAGGGCUGCUCUAUAUACUAUCGAGAGAGAGUUCACUGCACAGUUGGGAGAUGGACGAACAGAAUACGGCUGGCUAAGAGCAGAGAAUGGUAUAAGGGAUAUAGCCAUUAGAGCGAAGCACUAUGGUGUCCUCCUCUGCAAUGUCAACGUUCAGUACCCUACCCUACUAUCUCCCAACACUGCCGCACCCUUUCUGGAAGUCUGCGCUAGCCUUGGUCUGGAGUCAUAUUUAGGAAAGGAACAACUACUCGCACCACAAGAUUCUCUGUUUGAGGAUACUAGUUACAGAAGCCAAGGGCAAUUCUAUCUUCGUCUUCUCGUAACAGCUGCGAGACAUGGACAAUGGGCGUUGAUUCAGUACCUUAUCAAACUGAUACGACACAUAUUCUCUGAACAGAGCUCUGACGUGUGCCCGCAACUUGAGACAGAGACUGGGGAGUCUCCAUUGCAUUAUCUUGCAAGUCUCGAAGCUCGGGACGAGGUGAGGGUUUCCAUCAUACGCGACCUGCAGGGCCUGGGCAUUGAUAUCAAUGGUAUCAUGACUGCUAGAAGCUGGCUUCUGCCAUUUGGUAUAGAACUCUACGGGACUCCGCUUCAGGUUGCCAUACGCUGCAAGUGUCUUCGUACUGUCAAAGCUCUGGUAGAAGCUGGUGCUGACGUGUACUUGAGCUACGGAGACGCUCCCCCGCCCUUGAUCUUGGCUUCAUCACUACACUGUAGCUUCAUCGUUGACUACCUUCUAAAUAUGUCUUCUGGGGCGCGCAAGGCCAUAGACUCUCUGGCAGUACCCACCAAAAAGGGCUGGUUCGAGAAUCUCUUCCCUGAGGUUGAAGGGGACUGUCGUCUUUACAACCUUAUCGCGACUGCACGGCUCUUCAUUGACAGAUUCCUGACACCAAAUGAACACGGACAUUCUAUAUGGAGGCACGAAGACCUGGACGGAUCCCCUCUGCUUGAGGCGGUGAGAAAAGGUCAGAAAGAUCUACGCAUCUUUGCAGCUUUGAUCAAACUUGGCCUUGGUCCCCGCUCCAUGCAGGCACGAUGGAAGUUACUCGAAUCGAUUCUCUCUCAAGAAAAGCAAGAUCCUUUUCGGAUACAACUUUUGAGGCUUGUACUCAGUCGAAGAGAUAUCGAGAGAGCUAUCGUCUUCGUGGGAUUUCCUGACAGCCUAGGAUCCCAUGCAAGUGAAUGGAUUGAUGGCUGGGCUACUUUGUUCCAGGAAAUUACGUGCAAAGACAACGGACACAUACUUGGACUCCCUUUGAUGCACUUCCUUGUUCAGAAUGGUGAUACAGAGGUGAUCAGCCUCAUACUUACUUUCUACCGCCAUGUCGCGCCGGGACUGGUCACGCAGCGAGAUAAGAGGGGUCUCACACCCAUUCAUCUCGCCAUACUGCAGCGCAACAAACCUUUGUUCUGGGAUUUGAUGGAUCCUAUUUUACCUAAGCUAAGAGCUAUGGACAUGAAAUUCAGCAAACGGAGUCUCAGAGACAUCGCACAAGCUACCAUCGACACCACCAUGUCUAGAGACAGGGUCAAGAACCUUUGCAGAAGAUGGGGCAUGUCAUGGGACAGUUGGAAAGAGACCUUCGACCUUCAUCUCACAUACCGUGGCCCAGAGUGGCAAGUUCUUCAGUUGAUCGCUACGAGAGAAGCUAGUAAACGUCGCGCUCAGGUUAUCUAUAAUACACACGAUGCGAAGAUGUUCCAGCACGAAGCGUUCAUCUACGCAGCAUUCUCAAAAGGAAAUCAAUGGGAAAUCGCCAGAGAGCUAGAGAAAUAUGCAGUUUGGUCUCUCGAGUGGGAAGAGUUUGGACUUAACAAAGCAGAAGACAUCUGCGUCUUCAUGAACGUGGUCAGAAUGGAAGCAGUCGCUAAAGGAAGAAACCGGUUGAGGAAAAAGCGCACGGUUGUGUUAUCCUCGCAGUCUCCUUGGUGGGCGCCGAAAGAGUUUGUGAAAUUAUACGAUACGCAGGGGAUGUUGGGGAAAUCGGCGAGUGACAUGAUAUAUGAUGCGUACUGCAGACUGGAGCGUGUGACUCCGUCUUGGAUCAUAUUGUCAAAGGAUCAGAUUCAUCGGACAGGUGUUGAAUGUAUACGAGAAUGGUUCAAGGAUGGUUUUAAUACGAUGAGGCAUGGUCAUCGAAUUUCAAGUUAGAUAGCUUUUAUUAAUAAGAAGAAUAGUCGCUUCGCC